GAGACUGGAAGCUGCUAUUCAAAGCUGUUGAAUAUUGUAAGAUCAACGAAGACAGCACGGGGUUGAAUGCUUGGUGAUUAGUUCUCCUCCUACAUAGCCCUCUGCGUUACCUCCGGAUUAGACACAGAGCUGACUGCCGUGGUAGUUUCCCUGCCUGAGGAGUGAUGUUCUCAAACAAUGAUGAAGCUGUGAUCAACAAAAAACUUCCAAAAGAGCUGCUGCUUCGAAUUUUCUCUUUCCUGGAUGUGGUCACUCUGUGUCGUUGUGCUCAAGUUUCCAGGGCAUGGAAUGUUCUGGCCCUGGAUGGCAGUAACUGGCAGCGAAUUGACCUGUUUGAUUUCCAGACGGAUAUUGAGGGCCGAGUAGUUGAAAAUAUAUCUAAAAGAUGUGGGGGUUUCUUGCGGAAGCUAAGCCUGCGUGGCUGCCUAGGAGUGGGAGACAAUGCAUUAAGGACAUUUGCACAGAACUGCAGAAAUAUUGAAUUAUUGAACCUAAAUGGCUGUACCAAGAUCACAGAUGCUACGUGUACCAGCCUCAGUAAGUUCUGCUCUAAACUCAGGCACCUUGAUUUGGCUUCCUGCACUUCCAUAACCAACCUGUCCCUGAAGGCACUGAGCGAGGGAUGCCCACUGCUGGAACAGCUAAAUAUCUCCUGGUGCGACCAAGUGACCAAGGAUGGCAUCCAGGCUCUGGUGAGAGGCUGUGGUGGACUCAAAGCCUUGUUUCUGAAAGGCUGCACGCAGCUCGAGGAUGAAGCUCUGAAAUACAUUGGUGCACAUUGUCCCGAGCUGGUGACUUUAAACCUUCAAACAUGCUCACAAAUAACAGAUGAUGGUCUCAUUACAAUAUGCAGAGGAUGCCACAAGUUACAAUCCUUGUGUGCUUCAGGCUGCUGUAACAUCACAGAUGCCAUCCUGAAUGCCCUGGGACAGAACUGCCCACGGCUUAGAAUAUUAGAAGUUGCAAGGUGUUCUCAACUAACAGAUGUGGGCUUUACCACUCUAGCUAGGAACUGCCACGAGCUUGAAAAAAUGGACCUGGAAGAGUGCGUCCAGAUAACAGACGGUACACUAAUCCAGCUUUCCAUACACUGUCCACGGCUUCAGGUUCUGAGUUUGUCCCACUGCGAGCUGAUCACGGACGAUGGGAUUCGUCACUUGGGAAACGGCGCCUGCGCACACGACCGCCUGGAGGUGAUUGAGCUGGAUAACUGCCCUUUGAUCACAGACGCCUCCCUGGAGCACCUGAAAAGCUGCCACAGCUUGGAGAGGAUAGAACUGUACGACUGUCAGCAAAUCACUCGGGCAGGGAUCAAGAGACUCAGGACCCAUUUGCCCAAUAUUAAAGUCCAUGCCUACUUCGCGCCUGUGACUCCACCUCCUUCAGUCGGGGGCAGCAGACAACGCUUCUGCAGAUGUUGCAUCAUCCUAUGACACUGGAAGUGCUCAUCCUUGUAAACUGAGUAAUUACACUUGGCGGAAUUUACGGUGGACACCAGUAUCUUCAAGGAAAAGCGAUACCAGUGUCAUUUGCAAGGGCCAGUGAGCAGGGCUGUGGUGCCAGGCCCCUGUAGCCACCCAUACGCAUACAUAUACACACCCCACCCGUUCCAGCAAGCUGAUGAAUUCUGCAGUAUGGGAGCUGGAGCUGUGUUGGCGUUUUCUGUAGGUGGAUUGGUAUAAUUCUGAACCAUUCCUACUGGGCAUGCUCAGAUGAAAUCAUUGCGGUGAGGAGGGGAGGGUUUUUGCCAACCCAGAAUGACUCUGGCUGCUGUUGAGGUUGGAAUAGUAAGUGAAAUCCUUUGAGAGGGGGAGAGGAAAGGAGCGUGCUUUAACCCUGCAUCUGUUGUCCAGAAGGAGGGGAAAAAAAAAAA